AUGCCAGAUUUCGAAAAGAUAGGGUAUAUCCCUGGUAUAUAUCACGAGGAGUACGGCCCGUACAAGGAGAACAACUGUUGCGAGACCACUGUUGCUGACAUCCUAUCUGCCACCCUGCAUGUUAUCCACCACAUUGACACCUCGCCGUUGGUUCCGCUCGCCAAGUCCCCUGGAUUACUGGUCGAGAUGAUCCCAUCCAGUUCUGAUAGCAGCAACACGCCCGGCAUUUUUCAUCCGACCUUCAUAGGUAAAUCCCCGCCUCCCGGUCUUAUCAAGUUGAAGGAGUUGUGGCUUGAGGACAAGUCUCCUGCCUGGAUGUUACAUCCCGACAUAUACCGCGCCGCUGGGCAGAGGCACCACUGGGGGUCAAACCUGCCCCUCUGGGUUGUCCGUCCUAUAUUCAAGUUCAUACACAUACGCCGCACCAUGCGCACCAAGCUCACUCUCCCUGACGGCACCGUCACCUAUCCUGGUGUCGACCUCUUACCCCCCGACCUUCACUUCGAGGAGUUAGGGCUAGUCAGUACAUGA